UGGUACACGAGAACGGCAAACCCCUCUUCCUCUCCCCACCAUUCUCUCUCCGUGGCGAUCGAGGAAUCCAAUGGCGCACCCGGCGAGGCCACCAGCGCGGCACCCGCCGAACCCUUGCCUCGCCCCCGCCUCCCGGCCAGCGCCGGCGCCGGCGCCGCCCCAGUUUCCGACGACGCCGGCCGCUCACCGCCCCGACACGCCACGGAGGGCCGCGCAGGACACACCUUUUGCAACAAGUGUUGAUGGUUCAAGCAAUAGUGCCCGCUCUCAGUGCAAACAAGAGACAAGAUAUACCCAAAUUCUCCAUGCUAAUGAGGCAACAUCCAGAACCAAGAGAAUUGUAGAACCAGACUCUACAGAUAUGCUCAAGGCGCCUAGAUUUACUGGUGGUACAUAUUCAAAACCUGAUGCAAGAGUGAAGCUGAUUCCAGCGGAAGAUAUUACUUUUGUACAACAUCGGAAACCAUAUGGUAGAACUGUUGGCUCAGCUGGGUUACAGAAAAAACAUUGCAGACGAAGUGUCACACCACCACCAAAUUCACGUAAAGUAUCUGUUCUGGGAUCCACAUCACUCACUCAAAGUCCCCGAACUCCUGGAAUUGCUUCUCUGAAGAACCCUGCAUCACUAAGUUGCAAAUCUUCACAACCUUUAAGCACUAAUUUGUAUACUGAUGCUACUCCUAGAAAUCUAGACAGAAUGGACAGUACAAAAGCACUUGCCCGGAGCUGCAGUUCGAGUAUUUUGCAUCCUCUGUCAAUUGCAUGCUCCACAUCUAAGUGAGGAUCCUCUUUGUACAAAGGCAGGGCCUUCUUCUAAGAGUUCGAUGGAGUGCAACAAUAUUCCUCCAAUACACAGCCCCCAGUCCAUAGCUUCUGCGCAACAUGGUGCAUUGUUGCAAGAACGCAACUCGGGGGCAUCAAUUAACUGCAGCACAUCUUCAGGUUGUCAUUGGAUAUAGACAUAAUGUUGCCAUUCAGUUCAGCCAGUUGUUAACACUUAAACUCAGGCUGCAACAUAAGAUUGGCGCAACAGUAAUUUUACAUACGAAGCUGCACAAGAAGCAUUAUCAAUCAGAAACCAGCUGGAAGGUCAGCUUUCAUGUUACCGGACAACUGAUACAUACUUGCGAUGGACUUGAAGCCCAUCUCCCUCUUCAUAUCUGUGUCAGAGUUUAUGAAGCUUGAAGGCACAUGCCUGAAAUUUUAAAUCUGGAGGCUGUACCUCUUUCCCAGCUGUGGCCAAAAAAGUUCAAGAUAGUACCCCCAGAUGGUGGGGAUAUUGGACUAUUGUUUGUGAGCUGUCACCAAAGGCCUCACAGUACUUUCGAUCAUCUUCUUGAAAAGGUUUAUUCACAUACUGGCCUGCUAACCAAAAUUGGUGAUACUGAAUUGGCGAUAUUUUCAAAGUUGCUUUCACCAGACUAUCAGAUUUUUACAGAUUCCGCCUGUCAGCCUGCUGGUAGAUCUUCAGCUAGCUCAGACCUUAUGCUGAACAUACCCCCUGGAUUUUCAAUAGAUGUACCUCCUGGUUUCACAAAAGCUCACUGUAAGCUUCAGAUCGAAGCUGCUGCUGUAUCUUAUGCCGAUGCACCUUCCAGUCUUAUUUUGGACGCUCCUCCGGGAUUUUUUACGGAUAUCCCUCCUGGCUUUACUGAAGCUCAUCGCCGACUACCUGGUGCAUCUUCAAUGGGAAAAGCUGGGAAAGCAGAUGAAAUGAAAAUCAUGCACAAUGAGGUAAAAGUUGAACAAGACGAAAACUCAGAGGAGCGAGAGAUUCCAAAAAUCAAGUGGCUUUCAGAUUUGUAUCCUAGUUCUUCGGACAGCACUGAAGCUUCGACGCGAAUGGCCACCGACGAGCUCGCCGCCGCCCCGGCGGGGGGCGACCCGUCCGCCGCGUUAUCGUUAAGCAUCUGGCCGCCGACGCAGCGCACGCGGGACGACAUGGUGCGCCGCCUCGUGGAGACGCUCACGACUGACACCAUCCUCUGCAAGCGCCGCGGCGUGGUGCCGGGCGCCUACGCCAACCCCGCGGCGCGCGCCAUCGAGGCGGAGGCCUUCGACGCCGCGGCCGCCAUCGGCGGGGCCGCCGCCUCCGUGGAGGAGGGGAUCAAGGCGCUGCAGUUCUACUCCAAGGAGGUGAGCCGCCGCCUCCGCGACUUCGUUAAGUCCCGCUCCGCGAGUGCCAAGGCCGAGGCGCCUCCGGAGGAGGAGGCCCUCGCCGCGGUCGAGGGCGAGACGGCGUGAGCGCCGGGCAGCCAUUGCGUUUUUUCUCUUUCUAUUUUCCUGGGAGAAAUUGCAUCAGGAGUUGGUGUGAAGACUGUGCCUUCGGCUUUGGUCUGGUUUGUAUGACUUGAUGUUAGAUGUUUGCACAUCUAUGCAGUUCUUGUUCUUCGAUGAAUAGUUUUUUUUAGCGCGUGCUGUGUCUUGCUUGCAA